AUGGAGGCCAUUUUCCAAGCAAGUUUCUCAGAACCUGAACCCCCUUCAUCAAAGGGUAACACAAUAAUUCUCACAUGCGAGUCUGAUAGCUAUCUGCAGGCUGCCGGCAUCCCGUCCCGCAUCCUCAGAGCAUGCUCAGGCCAGCUAGCUGGCGUGUUUACGGACAUAUUCAAUCUCUCCCUAUCCCAGUCUGUCCCCACUUUCUUCAAGAUGUCCACCAUUGUUCCUGUCCCCAAGAAGGCCAGAGCUCUCCAGAGCGUGGUGCGGUCUGCUCAACGCAUAACCGGGGACCCACUGCCAGCCCUCCAGGACAUCUACAGCACUCUGUGUCACAGGAAGUCCAAGAAAAUCAUCAAGGAUGUCAGCCACCCGAGCCACGGCCUGUUUAGGACCACUACUGAGACCUCUACCGGGAUAACCAAUGAGACCACCACCAGGACCACUAACGGGAUAACUACCGGGAUAACCAAUGGGACCACUACUGAGACCACUACCGGGAUAACCAACGAGACCACCACCAGGACCUCCACCGGGAUAACUACCGGGAUAACCAAUGGGACCACUACUGAGACCACUACCGGGAUAACCAACGAGACCACCACCAGGACCUCCACCGGGAUAACUACCGGGAUAACCAACGAGACCACUACUGAGACCACUACCAGGAUAACCACCAGGGCCUGUACUGAGACCUCUACCGGGAUAACCAACGAGACCACCACCAGGGCCAGUACUGAGACCUCUACCGGGAUAACCAACGAGACCACCACCAGGACCACUACCGGGAUAACUACUGGGAUAACCAACGAAACCACCACCAGGACCAGUACUGAGACCUCUACCGGGAUAACCAACGAGACCACUACUGAGACCUCUGCCGGGAUAACCAAUGAGAACACCAACAGGACCACUACUGAGACCACUACAGGGAUAACCAACAAGACCACUACUGAGACCUCUGCCGGGAUAACCAACGAGGCCACCACCAGGAACACUACUGAGACCUCUACUGGGAUCUCUACCGGGAUAACCAACGGGACCACUACUGAGACCUCUACCAGGAUAACCAAUGAGAACACCAACAGGACCACUACUGAGACCACUACCGGGAUAACCAACAUGACCACUACUGAGACCUCUACUGGGAUAACCAACGAGACCAGGACCAGUACUGAGAUCCCUACCGGGAUAACCAACUGGACCACUACUGAGACCACUACCGGGAUAACCAACAAGACCACUACUGAGACCACUACCGGGAUAACCAAUGGGACCACCUCUGAGACCACUACCGGGAUAACCAACGAGACCACUACUGAGACAACUACCAGGAUAACCACCAGGGCCAGUACUGAGACCUCUACCGGGAUAACCAAUGAGACCUCCGCCAGGACCAGUACUGAGACCUCUACCGGGAUAACCAAUGAGACCAUCACCAGGACCACUACCGGGUUAACCAACGAGACCACCACCAGGACCUCUACUGGGAUAACCAACAAGACCCCCACCAGGGCCAGUACUGAGACCUCUACCGGGAUAACCAACGGGACCACCACCAGGACCAGUACUGAGACGUCUUCCGGGAUAACCAACAGGAUCACUACUAAGACCACUACCGGGAUAACCAACAGGACCACAACUGAGACCUCUAUUGGGAUAACCAACAGGACCACUACUGAGACCACUACCGGGAUAACCAACAGGACCACUACUGAGACCACUACCGGGAUAACCAACAGGACCACUGCUGAGACCACUACCGGGAUAACCAACAGGACCACUACUGAGACCACUACCGGGAUAACCAACAGGACCACUGCUGAGACCACUAAUGAGACCUCUACCGGGAUGACCAACGGGACCACUACUGUGACCUCUACCGGGAUAACCAACGGGACCACAACUGAGACCACUACCAGGAUAACCAACAGGACCACUACUGAGACCACUACUGAGACCUCUACCGGGUUAACCAACAGGACCACUACUGAGACCUCUACCGGGAUAACCAAUGGGACCACUACUGAGACCUCUACCGGGAUAACCAACGGGACCACUACUGAGACCACUACUGAGACCUCUACCGGGAUAACCAACGGGACCACUACUGAGACCACUACUGAGACCUCUACCGAGAUAACCAACGGGACCACUACUGAGACUACUACUGAGACCUCUACCGGGAUAACCAACGGGACCACUACUGAGACCACUACUGAGACCUCUAUUGGGAUAACCAACAGGACCACUACUGAGACCACUACCGGGAUAACCAACGAGACCACUACUGAGACCACUACCGGGAUAACCAACAGGACCACUGCUGAGACCACUACCGGGAUAACCAACAGGACCACUACUGAGACCACUACCGGGAUAACCAACAGGACCACUGCUGAGACCACUACUGAGACCUCUACUGGGAUGACCAACGGGACCACUACUGAGACCUCUACCGGGAUAACCAACGGGACCACUACUGAGACCACUACCAGGAUAACCAACAGGACCACUACUGAGACCUCUACCGGGAUAACCAACGGGACCACUACUGAGACCUCUACUGGGAUAACCAACGGGACCACUACUGAGACCUCUACCGGGAUAACCAACGGGACCACUACUGAGACCACUACUGAGACCACUACCAGGAUAACCAACGGGACCACUACUGAGACCACUACUGAGACCUCUACCGGGAUAACCAACGGGACCACUACUGAGACCACUACUGAGACCUCUACCGGGAUAACCAACGGGACCACUACUGAGACCACUACCGGGAUAACCAACAGGACCACAACUGAGACCUCUACCGGGAUAACCAACGGGACCACUACUGAGACCUCUAUUGGGAUAACCAACAGGACCACAACUGAGACCUCUAUUGGGAUAACCAACAGGACCACUACUGAGACCUCUAUUGGGAUAACCAACAGGACCACAACUGAGACCUCUAUUGGGAUAACCAACAGGACCACUACUGAGACCACUACCGGGAUAACCAACAGGACCACUGCUGAGACCACUACUGAGACCUCUACCGGGAUAACCAACGGGACCACUACUGAGACCUCUACCGGGAUAACCAACGGGACCACUACUGAGACCACUACCGGGAUAACCAACGGGACCACUACUGAGACCUCUACCGGGAUAACCAACGGGACCACUUCUGAGACCACUACUGAGACCACUACCGGGAUCACCAAUGAGACCACUCCUGAGAGUUCUACCGGGAUAUCCAACGGGACCACUACUGAGACCACUACCGGGAUCACCAACAGGAACACCACCAGGACCUCCACCGGGAUAACCAACGGGAUCAAUACCGGGACCACUACCGGGAUAACUACCGGGGUAACCAACAGGACCACUUCUGAGACCACUCUCCGGGAUAACCAACGGGACCACUACUGA